UUUCUUUCUUCAUUCUUUCCAAAAACUUGAAAAGUGUGCAUUUUUUUCCCUUCCUGCUUCAAAUCAAAUAGAAAAAAAAUAUGUCAACUGCUCCAAACAGCUACCCAUCUCUGUGUUCUUCACCACCAUUGCCAAGAACUCCGAAUUCACCGUUGAUGCCCAUUUCUCUGUGCAAGCAAAUAUCAACCAAGAAUGUCAAAAGCUUGAAACUUUCAAUCAGGGUAGGGAAUUCGGGUCCUGGGAAACGCUCGGUUUUAAUCGUUAGAGCGUCUGCGGAUAACGGGGCAGAGGAAAAAGCGGAAGAGGGAGAGAACAAGUAUGAAGAAUAUGAAGUUGAGAUUGAACAACCUUAUGGGUUGAAAUUUGUUAAAGGUAGAGAUGGUGCAACCUACAUUGAUGCAAUUGCACCUGGUGGCUCUGCUGACAAGACUAAAAUGUUUUCUGUUGGGGAUAAAGUUUUGGCCACCAGUGCAGUAUUUGGAACAGAGAUGUGGCCUGCUGCAGAAUAUGGAAGAACGAUGUACACCAUUCGUCAAAGAAUUGGCCCUUUGCUAAUGAAAAUGGAAAAGCGAUAUGGGAAAAUGGACGAUGCGGGUGAGUUAACAGAGAAGGAGAUUAUCAGAGCCGAGCGAAAUUCUGGAAUAGUUAGUGGCAAACUUAGGGAAAUUCAAAUGCAAAAUUACUUAAGGAAAAAGGAACAAAAGGAAACUAGAGAAAGGGAGCUGCGUGAAGGCCUGCAGCUUUACAAGAGCGCGAAGUAUGAAGAGGCACUGGAAAAGUUCGAGUCUGUUUUGGGGUCAAAACCAGAGCUCGAUGAAGCUUCAAUAGCAAGUUACAAUGUUGCAUGCUGCUAUUCUAAGCUAAAUCAGAUACAAGCUGGAAUUUCUGCUCUUAGAGAUGCCAUGCAAUCAGGAUACGAAGAUUUUAAGCGGAUCCGUUCUGAUCCUGAUCUAGAGAAUGUAAGGAAGUCUGAGGAGUUUGAGCCCUUGAUGAAAAAUUUUGACGAGUCAUUUAUCAACGAGAAUGCAUUAAAUGCCAUUAAAUCAUUGUUUGGAUUCAAUAAGAAAUAGAAGCUACUUGUGGAUAGCCAUUUUUAAACAAAAAAGAUACUACUUGUGGAUAGAUCCGAAUCACAUGCCAACCAGGUUUUUUGCUUAUAGAAUUAUGUUCAUCAAUCUUGAACAAAAGUCGGUAUUCUUUUAUCAUUGUUUUGUUCAAGUAUAUGUAAGUUAAAAGCAUGUACCUUUUUAGCAUUGGUACAUGACCAAAAUGUAUAAAUACUUCGGGGGAAACGUUCAGAUUGUAUGAGGAUGGAGUCGAAUUGGGAGUCCUUUAACUGGAGUAGCCAAUGGAUCGUAUUCUAUUUUCUCA